AUCACGUUGCCCACGAGGUUGAGUUUGCCUUGUCGUCAAGUCAUAGAUUUUGAUAGAUAAGAUCACUGAAAUACUGAUCAACAAAUAAUUUUGAAGAAUGGACUACCACGUCGUCGAGGGGCAAUUCGAUGACGCUGAGAACGACGCUGACGUCUUGCACAGCACCGAAGCGACGCUGAACCUGGCCGUGUCAUCUAGUGAACGUCGCAGCCCAGAGCAUCUGCUGAGCGACGACGACGACUCAUUCGGCGAAGGCGACCUGAGUGACGACGACGGCUACGACUGGGACGACCUUUCCCGAGGGAGCGUCUACCACAACUCGGCCGGCGCCGGCAGUCGCCCGAACGCUCAACGCAAUGCCAACCCGAAUUCAUUCCAGUCCCAGUGUAAGGUUCUCUCUGGCAAGUACAGCGGGAAGAUCAACCUUCAAGCGUACUCUGGUCAAGCUGUGGCUGCUGGCGCUUUAAGUGUGUUGAACGCGGCGAGUCGCAGGCAGGAUGCUGAGCGCGUGCGCGUCCGUGACAAGGUGGAAAGGGCGACAGCUGAGCAGGUCCUUGAUCGCAGGACGCGAAUCAUCCUUUUCAAGCUCCUGAACCGUGGCUUAGUGGAGCAGAUAAAUGGCUGUGUGAGUACAGGCAAAGAAGCCAACGUAUAUCAUGCCACGGCUGGCGGUGACGGCGCUCCAGAUCGUGCCAUCAAGAUCUAUAAAACGUCCAUCUUAGUUUUUAAAGACCGUGACCGCUAUGUCACAGGCGAGUUCCGCUUCAGGAGCGGCUACUGCAGUAGCAACCCACGCAAGAUGGUCCGUACCUGGGCAGAAAAGGAGAUGCGAAACCUCUCGCGAAUAUACGCUGCAGGAUUGCCUUGUCCAAAGCCCAUCGUUCUCCGAAGCCACGUGCUUGUCAUGGACUUCGUCGGCAAGGAUGGCUGGCCGGCACCCAAACUUAAGGAUGUCCCUUUGAGCGGAUCCAAAGCGCGUGAGCUUUACAGAGACUGCAUUGUCAUGAUGCGACGGCUCUACCACGAAUGUCGCCUUGUGCACGCCGAUCUGAGUGAGUACAACUUGCUGUACCACGAAGGUAAGAUUGUGAUAAUUGAUGUGUCACAAUCAGUUGAGCACGACCAUCCAAAUGCACUCGAGUUUUUGCGCAAGGACUCCACCAACAUCACGGACUUUUUCAGCAAGCGAGAUGUGAAGACAAUGAGUGUGCGGCAGCUGUUCGACUUUGUCACAGACCCAACCAUUAACGAAGACAACAUGGAUGCUUACCUUGAAAAAGCACAGUCGCUUGUUGAAGAAGCUGGGUCAGAAGCCAUGAACCAAGUAGAUGAGGAAGUUUUCAAGAAGACAUACAUUCCCCACAGACUGGAUGAUGUGCUUGACUUUGAGAAGGACAUUGUUGGUGUGCAAGAGGAAAACAAAAAAAUUCUCUAUCACACCAUUACAGGCAUGAAGCCUGACCUGUCAGGCCCAGCUGAGAAGCCUGCACUACUCGAGAAUGGCUCAGAUGACUCGUCCUCAGAGGUCAGUGAAAGUGACAGCGAAUGUGAAGAUGAGGAGAGUGAGGAUGGUGAUGACAAGGAGUCGAAAUUUGUGAGCACAGCCAGGCCUAAGGGGGAGUCGUUGGAAGAAAAGAGGGAAAGGAAAAAAGCAGUCAAGGAUGCCAAAAAGGAGAAGCGCAAACUGAAGUUACCUAAGCACGUCAAGAAGCGAAAAGAGAAGCAGGGAAAGGCACGCAAAAAAUGAA